ACAAAAGAGGCCAGCGUGGCCACCAUUAAUACGAUCGACAUGGCCCCAAUCAAGAAGAUCGCAGAAGAUCGCAGCAGCUUGACUGCCUGUCAGGCACCACCAUUCACGACCUUAAAUAACGCUCGACAUGAGCAAUAAAAGGAGUAUCGCACAGUAGGCAAACAUCAUGGAAAAACUCUCCUCCUGGCUCCUAGGCAAGAAGUCGUACAAAAUCCUCGUCCUGGGAGAAGAUGGAUGCGGCAAGACGACCUUCAUCGACAGACUGAAAUUCAACCGUGUCCGGAGCCAGCCGAGACUCACGCCCGGAUUUUAUGUCGAGACAGUGCAGUAUCCCAUGAACUCAAGCUGGCAGUUAUGGGAGCUGAAAACAACGCUCAAACAUAUGCCGGUCCUGCGGCAGCAUCUCUCACCCAGUACGCUGGUUCUCUGGCUACAUGAUUGCGAGAGUGGCAUAGAUCCCCCAGAGGAGUUCCCAUCGCUGCUCCACGAGAUGGUGGGAGCUGACUGUCGGAAUAUCUGGGUCGGCUUGAACAAGCAGGAUGCAUCGAAAGUUGGAAAGGAGACAAUUAGCUAUAUCAGACAGGCAUACCAAGAGGAGCUUUCAUUAUUUGGUGAUAAACUACCCAAGAGAAUCCUCCGACAGCGGCUGUGUCCGAAGACAGGAAACGACGACACAUUCGAAGUCCUGGAGGAGAUCUAUACCACCGUGAUGAACAUCAGCCUGAAACAAGCCAAACAGGUUGAUCCAGGGCCUGAGCGAAGGCAGCUUGAGUCCAUAGAACAAUCCAUGGAACAGACACCCGAGGGUCAGAAGUCUCUACUGGAAACAGCCAUCACCAACGACACUUGGGACGCCGAUGCCUUCUGGGAGUUAUUCAUCAAGGCAGACCUACCCGUCUGGGGCCACUACUAUUAUCUAAAAGCAGCAUACUAUCUCAUCCUUUCGUCAGAGAAGAACGCCUUCCAGCAAGCAGCAGAUUACAAGCUCCAUCUGCAGCGAUUACAGGAAAACUGCCCAGACCUCUUCGAGAGGGAAGGUCUCCCCAAAAGCCCCAUCGACAGGCCCUUCAACACAAGCGUCACCACCUUCUGGAUCCUGAAACUGCAGAUCGCAAUUCGCGACUACCGGGUGCAUACCAUGGCCUCGGAUCUUCCAAGCCCAUCUGACUUCUGUCAUGUCCUGCGCCAUUCUCCCUCGCUGAUGAACAGUUACCCCUGGGACGAAUGGUACUCCAGUCCGCCUGCCUUCACAUGCGCAAAGGAUAUCUGGUUUCCACCAAAUCUGAAAGUGUUGCCCACGGAUACGCACUAUCGCAGCGAUCCCGCAGUUUUGCCGGUUAGUGAUAAAUCUCCGGAAAGACUGUUAAGGUAUGUAUUCGCUGUGCUGCGGUAUAUCCAGCGGACGGCCGUGCAGCGAGAGGAAACGAUCACCCUGGCAUUGGGGGCAUUCAAACAAGUAACGAUGGGCUUGAGAACGCAUUAUCCCUCACUUCUUCCAUACUCCGAGACACAGGCCCGUUUCUGGAUACAGAUGGUUGACGCAGCGCUGCGAGGGUUAGAAGAUGAAAAAGGAACGGACCUCGCUUUUGAAGAGUUCCAGGAUAUGUUCGAUCUGAAACUUGCGUGCUGGGAGAAACAUUAUUCGAAAAUGGUCUGGGAUGGCGUCAGCGCGCGUUGGAGCUUUGUUCCGCCUGAUCUUGAACCCCUGCCAGAUGUUAUUUCGCCCGCUAGUUUUGGACAGGAGAUUGUUUCUGAGAAGUCAAGUAUCUCAUUCAGUUCCAAUUUGCCGUACACAGAAGAACUCUCGUUCUAUGCCGCGAUGGUGAUCAAACAGACCGAGAACUCUAACCCGGGCCUUCCAAUAACCAACCACGCCGACUUGUUGUCCUACCUCUACACAGCCCUGGCAGACAAACAGAGUGCAGGUCAAAGAGUAGAAUUGCAGCCGCUUAGCAUCGGGAAAAAAGCGCAAUCUGCAUUCGAAGAACUCUCCUGCCCGCUAGUUGCUGCAGCCACGCACAGAAACUUCUGGAUUCAGCAAGUGGCAGCCGCAGUGUUGCAUGCAGAGAGGGAGGGGCUGUCGGCAUUCUCAGACUUUAUCACGAGCAACCUGCGCCUUGCCUGGGCGGGCCUGCCAGGAGUAUAUUACAGUGCAAGGGUCUGGACCGGCGGGGCCGCAGGGGGGAAGAAUGAGAUCGUGCCAGGUGAUAGACGGAGAGUGCCGAGGAUUGUCGACCUGGACCUGACAGAAGACGAGGACUGGGUGCAUUGUUGAUCAGUAUCCCCUGGCAGACAAAUAAUUGUUAGCACGAUGAUAACAUUCUCCCCCACGAUUGUUCGUCGCCCCCUCUUCUUGGCUGUAACCUUACAAAGGGGGACCGGCACACGCGAUCUGGCGCUUGGAUUGGCACUGCAGCUCUUUGUGCAGUUCUUAUCGAUGAUUUAUCUUCUGCCCGCUUGCUUGGCUGCUCCAGCCUGCUUAAUUGGCACUGCCAAGUUGCUUGGCCCAGGCACGCGAUGUAACUCGACGCGGAUUAGACAAUCCAGCGAUGAUCGAU